AUGAGUCAUUGUUCGGGUUCGCAUACCGGCGUUGCCGUUUUGCUGCAGCUUUGCGAGCCCUCAGGUUCGGGUCCGCAUGCCGGCGUUGCCGUGCUGCUGCAGCUUCGCGAGCCCUCAGCUCCGGGUCCGCUUGCCGGCGUUGCCGUUUUGCUGCAGCUUUGCGAGCCCUCAGGUUCGGGUCCGCAUGCCGGCGUUGCCGUGCUGCUGCAGCUUCGCGAGCCCUCAGCUCCGGGUCCACUUGCCGGCGUUGCCGUUUUGCUGCACCUUUGCGAGCCCUCAGCUCCGGGUCCACUUGCCGGCGUUGCCGUACUGCUGCAGCUUUGCGAGCCCUCAGGUUCGGGUCCGCAUGCCGGCGUUGCGGUGCUGCUGCAGCUUCGCGAGCCCUCAGCUCCGGGUCUGCUUGCCGGCGUUGCCGUUUUGCUGCACCUUUGCGAGCCCUCAGCUCCGGGUCCACUUGCCGGCGUUGCCGUACUGCUGCAGCUUUGCGAGCCCUCAGGUUCGGGUCCGCAUGCCGGCGUUGCGGUGCUGCUGCAGCUUCGCGAGCCCUCAACUCCGGGUCCACUUGCCGGCGUUGCCGUUUUGCUGCACCUUUGCGAGCCCUCAGCUCCGGGUCCACUUGCCGGCGUUGCCGUACUGCUGCAGCUUUGCGAGCCCUCAGGUUCGGGUCCGCAUGCCGGCGUUGCGGUGCUGCUGCAGCUUCGCGAGCCCUCAGCUCCGGGUCUGCUUGCCGGCGUUGCCGUUUUGCUGCAGCUUCCCGCGCCCUAGACUCCGGGUCCGCUUUUUGCCUGCGUCGCCGUGCUGCAGCAGCUUUGCGAGCCCUCGACUCCGCUUGCAGUUGAGCCGCCACUCUCGCCUUUUCAUCCAUAGCGGGCGCGCUGUUAUCAGACGCGACCGUUAUCAUCCAUGGCUGAAUUGAGAAAGAGAGCGCGCGUCGGGA